AUGGCCGCCAAUGUGUUUGGGGUCUGUGGGCACUUUUGGGAUCCUGAAAGUCUGUGGGCGCCGGUGACACGAUGGCUGCUGUGAGCACAAAUUGGCUGUCAUGCUUAAAAGAGCCCAAUUUGGGGGGGGGCAGCAGCUCCAUGCAAAUAUGGAAAACUUUAAUUUAAAAAUGCUUGAAAUGAAUAAGCAGCUGUCAGGGACUGGUCAGAUGAGGAGGUGAGGGGCACCCCAAGAUGCGUCCAGGAGUUGGAGUGAAACAAGAAUAUUGAGGGGUCCCUUCAAGGGGUUCAGCUUCUUAAGGAAGACUGGACCUUCAGAGAGAGUAUCUUUUAAGGCUCAAACCGGUCAGAAAAUGAACACAGACCAGACCAGGAUAUACAAAAGCAAAGCAGCUAUAAGCCUGAUCUUUAUUAACCGCUGCAACAGGGUGCUCACUGCCACACAGGAGGCAGGAGGGACCCAGGACAAAGGUGUGCAAGCCCUUAUAUAGACUUUUGAACAGCCCACCCCUCCAUAUAUCAUACGUACAUCACAGAAGGGGUGUAGCCCAAACCACCCUCCAAUACAUCAUACGUAUAUCAGAAAAGGGGCGGACUACAGAAAUCUGAGUGCUUUGUUUUUAUCCUGUCUGCCAGGUUACCUGAUUGGAUUACCUGGGCAUCCUGGCCACUCUUUUGUUAUGAUAACUACUCAGUCCCUGAAUACAGGUCACAGGCUCACCCUAUUCAUAUCUUAGAUGUGCUCUUGAGGUAGGAUUUGCGAGCAAAGAGGCAGUGGGGAGGCUCCCCAUUUCCUUCAACCUUGCAGAGAAAUAUUUGAGGUCAUUUGGAAGAGACAAAUGGUUUCGGGACUUUUUCUGUGGGUCUCAGACAUGUGGUCUAUACAUUUAUGUAUAUGCUUGCUUGGUACAUUUAUGAACAUUUACUUUAUAUAUAUAAGACCUUAAAAUUCUUAUAACAGGAGCAAGCUAGCAGAACCAGGCGUUUUAUCCAUUGCAUAGAGCUGAAAACCAAACAGGUAGAAGGAGCCCCUUGGCAGCCACCAUAAGUAGGAGGGGUCUCUGGGCAACAGCUCAGCUAUGAAGGAGUACUCUGCAUUGAUACUAAAUAAAUGAACUGAUAAAGAAGCUCACUGCGUGCCUGGUUUCUCUCGGCUGUUAGCCAAGCGUGCUGCCUGUUGGCUCCCACGCAACAGAUGGGACAGUGGCUAAACUUUCCCCAUAACUCUCAUCCCCUCCCCCAAAACCACCUAAGCAUUUAUUGCUGUGGGUGAGGGCGUAUGAAGGAGAGGGGCGGGCUGCCCUGGGCACCACUCGGGGGGGGGUGACAAGAUGGCCCACUGCCCCCCCAGCUGUAGAGCAGCCGAGGACAUGUGUGCAGUUAGUAUGGGCGCCGCUCACGUGGCAUCCGUACGGACUGCCGCUCCCGCGCGCCAUCUGUGCGAGCAUCCAUACGGGCUGCCUUUUGCACAGUGACCAUACGAGCUGCCAUGCGUGCGCAGUCCGUACGGCAUGCUGCGUGUGCGCAGCUGGGUGGUUCGCCCCACCCCUUGGCAUCCCGCCCCAGGUGCCGGAGAGGGUUCCUCCGCCACUGUGUGGGUGAGGUGUUGUAGAUUAGAACUAGAAAAUAAAUCAUAAAUAGUUCAAAAUUAUUCCAGAACUCUAUUUAUAUAGUGCUGGUUAGCUAGUAAUCAUUCAAUUUUAUUUAUUUAAAUAUCUAACUUUUUAGGCAAAAAAGGCUCCCCAAGUGGCAAUGAAGAUCAGUAAAAAAAAGUACAGUACCUGUCCAUAGGCUUACAAUUGGAAGGUGGGAAGACACAAAAAGAAAAUAGGGGAAAAUAAGCAAAUACGUGGAACACAGCUCACCAGAGUUGGAAAGUAUUGCCCUACUAGUGUAGUGAUUGACACAGAACAUCUACUGCAAUGUGCGGGAAAGAAUAAGCAAGCAGAGUGUUUCAAGUCCAGGGAAAAGUCAGUCAAUCAACAAAGGUAAAAAUAGUCCUAACCCUAACCCCACCCUGACAAACCCAAAACACAGGAUCAAGAUUCUACUUCCGUUAGCUAACCAUGAGGUUUGCCAAGGAACCUGGCUCAUGCAUUUUCUUUCUCUGUUAUAGGUGUUAAUAAAAAGGUUGACAUAAUAAAAAGGCUAAUAUGACAGGAAACCCACCAUUGUGAACCUUGAUGACAAGCCUGAUUCCAGCCUCCUCUCCUGUAAGGCCUUCAGGCAUAUCCUGACCUAUUCACACCUGACCGAAACAUUAACACAUGCAAAUUUAGUUGCCAAGUAUAGGAUACUCAGCUCCUCAAUGUGAGUCAUCCACACAUGAUUUAAAGGCAGGUAGCAUGGGCUUACAAAUCAAGUAAAUAAAAAUACUUAAUUAACUGACCAAUAGCAUCAUAGAUAAAUUUGUUCUGCUCCCCCCAACAUAAAGCCUGCCCCCCCAUAAAUUCUGGCUACGCCCAGAUGGCCAUGAUUUAUUUUAGGGUGGGCAGGUUUUAUGUUGGAUGGGGAGCAGAACCAAGUUAACUGUGACAAAGUUAAAUGUUGUGGACAGGUUGUUGAGUUGCACAUAGAUUACACCUGUGCUGAGGGAACUGUGCUGGCUACCAGUAAGCUGCCAGGCCAUGCUCAAGAUCUUAUCAUAUACCGUAUAUAGCCCUGAACAACUCAGAACCAGUUUUCCUGAAAUAUCACCUGCCCCUAUAUAAACUUGGAAGAUCACUUAGCUAAUCAGGAUAAAUUCCACUUGUGGCAGCACACCCUACAGAAUAACAUAGGAUGGUGACUCCAAAAUAGGCAUUUUCUGCUGUUGCCCCUACUCUAUGGAAUGCCUCCCUCUUCCCUAAAAUAUAGCAGGAACUAUUAGUUGCUUCACAUUUCUUGUAAAUACCUAUAUUUUUUCCCAAGCUUUUCCUAACACGUGAUUGGAUUCUGCUUUAUGCACUUGAAUCUCUCAAAAUUUUGUUUAAUUUGCUUCUAUACUGCUGUUUUAGUGGCUUUAGGUGGUAUUUUUGUUUCACCGAUACUGGUUUUUUAAAUAUUGUUCAUCACAUGAAUAUAUUUUUUAAACUAUUAAGUAGUUCAUAAACCAUUUUAAAUAAUUAUUCGAUCAAUAAUCCAACCUGCAUAGGAAGAGGAUUGGGGCUGAAAUAAUAAAGGAAAGUGGGUGUGCAAGGAGGCAAUCUAGGAGAGUGUAAUAUACAGUACAGGACUAUAACUUGUAUUUAUUUCUUAUGUGACACAGACGCAUGCUUCAUGGUGAAUGUUUUAACUCUUAAAGCCAAAUAUUUUAUAACAGUGUGUCGCUGUGACCCCCCCCCCCCAUUCUCUGGUAAAAGAGGAAGGCUCCUCUCCUCCCUGGAAGCCUGGCUAAGCCAGCCUGGCCUGAGCGCGGGUCGCCCGCGACCUCCCCCCCCCCACUCCCCCCCCCCGAAAUGCGCCGGCGGAAGGAUCCUGACGUCGCGUCACCUGACCGCCUCCCGCUUGCGCAGUGGGAGGAGAGGGCGCUCCGCCCCAGCCCUGGCUGUCCCUCCCCUCGGCGGGGCCGGCGCCGGUUUACGUAACGCCUCUCCGGGCAAAUUCCGGCUCGGUCCCGCCGCCUGACUCGGCACGGGGCGCCAGAGGCCCUGGCAGGUAAGCGCGACCUUGGGCCAGGGGCGCCUCGGCGGGGGCGCCGCUCCCCGCUCCCCCCGCGCGCUCCCCGGGGCCCGGGCCGAGGCCUGCGGCGGGGGGGGGGGGGGGCACCGGCCUGGCCGGGCCUCUCGACUUGAUCCGGAGGCCUCUGCUGGGCAGGGCUCCGGGGCCGCGCCGGCUCCCGCAGGCGGUCUGGCGCGGGCGCCGCUCCAAGGGCAGGCGGGAGGGCCGGGCCGCCGGGCGAGCGGCGUCGGGAGGGCGGACGGCCGGGCAGCUGGGCCUGCCCUCUCUGCGCCCGGGCUCCCGGGCUGAGAGGCCGGAGUGGGCUGGGGGGGGGGGCGCUGGGCGGGCGGGCGGGCGGCGACUCGUCCAUGUUGGCCGGCUGCUCCGCCGGAGCGGAGGGCUUCCUGCGCGCUUCCCGCGACGCCCCUGUGGAGUUUGUUCAGGCGCUCCUCCUCCUCCUCCUCCUCCCUCCCGGUUUAGCACUGCGGAGUCGAACUGGGCGACGGGGGCGGAGGCUCCGGAGGCCCAUUUUGACUGCUCCCCCCCCCGCCCGCUUGUGCUGAUCUUGCAGACCUUGCUUGGGGUUGCUGGAAAAAGUACUUUCAAGUUACUUCGUCGCUGCUCUGAUGUACCUGCCGCUACGUUUGCUGCGCUUAUAUUAUUGUGCUCUCGGGCCAAGUAAACUGGAGAGGAGGACAGGCCUAUAAACAGGGUAGCCGGGUAGCCUUACCCCGGGGCUGGGAGGGCGGUGUCGGCCGGGGGGUCUCGCCGGACGGACUUGCCCUCUUGGAGUUCACCUCCUUCUAACUAGACUCCCGCUUCGGGCCACAAACAAGGUCCUCACGGCCUUGAAGGGAAACGUUCCAAAGCUUAAUGAAGCUUAAUGUUCUUGCCAACUUUCCCACCUUUCCGUUACUGAGUUUCUUUAGGAGUUGACUGAAAGGCCGCCAGAGCCAUUUUGGUUUCAAACUCUAGUUAAUGUAUGGCUUGGGUUACCGGUAUAUUGGUUUUCAAAACGAGAUUUGAGCCGAUAGCGUUUUUUACCGAUAGUUUAAAUCAAGCGUGUGUUUAGUCUGGCCUUUUAAACAAAUCCACAACUGUAUUAGUAGUUCACCUGCCCUUGCAAACCUAUCUGUAGGUUGCCACCCUAGGCAUAGUUACUGGGGAGUAACUUAUGAGCAAGGCUCAGUUCUGAGUGAACAUGCAUCGUCAGUGGCUUGAAAAAGUUAAAGAUGCAAAUGCUAAAUUGCAGGUCAUACACCCACAUUCUUGGCAUACUUAAACAUAAAAGUAUGGGUGAAAUGAGCAGCAUAUGACUUGAGUUGAUGAAAAUGUAUGCUGUAAAAAGUGCUGCUGCAGCUAGAGCUACUUCAGCAUUCAUAUGAGGAAGUUGAGAGGGCAGCAGUGGCUGCUCUGCAGAAGAGGGUGAAGAGGCUUAUGGGAAUAUUUUUGAAAUAACUCUUUAAUCUUAUAAUUUAAAGGAGCACGUAAUUGAUUCUGAGACUAUAUGGGAUUGAAAAGAAAAGUCAAAAAUACUUGGUAUUUCAUUUCUGAGAUUUCAAAGGAGGAGUUUUUCUUGGUAUCCCUGAAGGGAGGGGGUGCUGGUUGCUGGGGCGGCCUUGGAAUAAGCAGGCAAGUGGGUGAGGGAACCCAGCCCGCCAGUCCUUGCUGCUAGGAAUGGAUGAGCAAGUGGGAGGCUGGGCAGGCAGGCAGGCAGGCAGGCAGGCAGGUGCUGUCCUUUCUUGUGCUUGCUGUGUGCAAUGCCUGCCUGGGAGCUGAGUGCCCAGCACUGAAGGGGAGCAUUUUCACCAUGCAGGCCCAGCGGUGCCCACUGCUGCCUCCCAACGUGAGUAAGAUGGUGGCCUCAUGUUCACCUUCAGCCGGUCUGCAUCUGGCCGCUAAGGCUGGAGGCAUCUUCCUCCCAGGAGGCAUCUCUCUUUGGGAUAGGGUGGGGCAGCAUCAGCAACUGCCCAGAGAACUCUGAAGGAGAGGGGAGAGGAGAGGAAGCUGAGGGAACACUCCGCAAGGGAGGGUCUUCAAAAAGGGGCGAAGGGUUCCCAGCUCUGCAAGCAAGGGUUGACAUAACUGGAUUUCUGAGGCUUAAAGUGCGUUUCCCCACAGGGAAGCCACAGAAAGUGUGUCAAGGGAGCUGUGGACUCAAAAAGGUUGAAAACCUCUGGAUUAGGGUCUUGUAGUAGCUGAAGGUGACCAUCCCUAUCCCAAACUGAACCAGAACUUGCUUAGCCCUAAAUGCUAGUGUAAAAUAAUAGGCUUACCUCUGAUAAAUUAACUUGUUCUAGGAUUCAGUCUUGGAAUCUGUUUCCAUAUAUUCCAGGAUUCAAGCUCUGAUACUGAAGCAGCAUAGUUUUAGUCUCCCUUUUAAAUGAAUUUACUGUUUUUUGUUGGGUCCCCUCAUAAGCAUAUUUUUGUUGGGUCCCCCCCGUAAAUCGCAUGGAAAUAAUUGAUUAGAAGGUGAUGAAUAGAUCUAUGAUGAGUAUGCAUCAUAGAGGCCAAGUAGUCAACUGCAUUAUGUCCCAACAUACCAAAUUAAGUUGAGGAGCAGCAUUUCCGGAUGGAUGGCAUAGGUUUCAGGCACUCUGGAGCCCUGAUGUUUGUCUCUCUUUUAGGAAUUAAGCACUUUUUUCCUGAGCAUAUGCAGAAUAUCCUACCACAUCAGAGUAAUAAAUCUCUGAACAGGAAGUAAUGCAUAUUUUGUUCUGUAUCUUACAGUUUGAGACUUCCAUUAGAAACAAGUGAAAAGAAACCUGUGGUUGUAAAAGGAAUAUAGGAUCUAAAAAAGUUAUAAAUUUAUAUUUUUAUAUUUCACUAAAUUCCAAGGAUUAGAAAAUGUCCCUUUCCCUAGAGAAGUUCCUAACUCAGUGCAGAACAGUACAGCAGUGCAGGCACACCUUGGAGAUAUUGUGGGUUCAGUUGCAGACCACCACAAUAAAACAAAUACAUAUCACAAUAAAGUGCAUUUUUUCCUUUUCUGCUCCAGCCCUAGCCAGUGCCACUCCUGUGGCCAGAAGAGGGGUGGUGGCAGCAGAGAGAGGACUUCCUUCUCCUGGAAGCAGACAGGCUGCCUGCAGCUGCACCCACGUCCUCCUAAGGAGCUCAGUAAAAUGAAGUACGCUUGUAUUUGCAAGCUGAAUGCUGAUAAUUUCUACUACUGCCAUUGGGGUUUAAAUGAGCCCAUUUAAAAAAGCACAUUUGAUUUUUUUUCUUGCGCUACUGGUAUUCAUUUGUGAAAGACAGAAAUAGGACUUAACAUGAAGUUAUAUAACAUUUUCUAAAUGAUUGUUGUCCAUAUAGUAAGAAGGAUUUAGGAUUGUAUUUCAGCCUUACUGUGUUACACUGUAAAACUUAGUGAAUGUAAAUAGAUGCAUUUUUAAUCCUCUGUCUACCACUUUCUUUAUAUCCAUGUUUGAAAAUAGUGCUUCUCAUCUUUUAAAUGUCUACUUCAUGUAGGGAAGUUAAUAUUUGAUCAAUAUUGACAGGAUUGAUGUUGCUCCCUUACCUGCUUCCUGCUGCUUCCUUAUGAUUGUGGUCAACUGCCAUGUGAUUGGUUGCUGCUUUGUCUCUUCACUCUGAUGGAACUGGCAAGUUAGGUGGGUAGCUGUGUCAAUUUCACAGAACUUUAUAGUAUGUUUCCUUCAGAAAGCCCAUGUAUAUGAGCUGUUGCUUACAUAUAUGAAACACCCUUUUGAAGGAGGGAAGAAAGAGAAUGCCACAACUGAAAUAAAACACAUCAUUCCCAAGCCCUCAGCUAUGUCAGUGUCACUGAACAUCAGAGAUGAAGGAAGAAAAGGUAAUGGAGCAGAUAAGCAAGCAAUGAAGAAGAGUCCUUCAUACUUCUAGGCUUACAGUGAAGCCAGCACCAAUCAUGUUGUGAUGGAAUUGCAUUCAACUCUCGUUGCAGUGGAUUGUGGUCCAGUAUCCAGAAUAGAUUACUGUAGUAUCCAACUUAAGUCAUAUUCAGAGUACACCCACUGAAAUAAAUAGUCCUAAAUUAGUCAAAUACCACACAUAGUGUAGAAGUGUUUUCUCUUGUUCUAGCUGGAAGGGGCAUUGUGAUAGAAUAUUUCAAAGCUGGAAAAGUGAAGAGUGGUAAUGUGUAUUAAGUGAAGUGGUAUUAAGUUCUUAAAAAUAUGAAUGUGAUUUUCCUCUUAAUCAGACUUUGAUCCAGAGCCUGUUUCAAAAAAUAAUAAACCUGUAAUUUUUUAAAAAGAAGAUCUCUGAGCAGAUAGAAUGUUCCAUGAAGUCAUAUGCCUGCAUAUAUCUGAUAUCCAGGCGGAAGUUUUGCUCAGGAAUACUUGGCAUAAGCAGACUUCUAAUUCCACCCACCUCCUAUGAUGAAAUAGCUAGCACAUAGUUUUUAAAGUUCAUUUGCUUCUUACUGAUUAUGAACUAUGACUGCGAGCCUUACUCAGAAGAUGAAGGGCUUUUUAGUAUUAAUAUUUUAUUGAAAAGUUUUCAGUUAUAAAGAAAUAAAGUGUACAAAGAAAAAGGGAUGAAAAGAAAAAAAGGGACAAAAAUGUGUAAAGAAAAAAACCCAAUAUAUGAAUAUAUAUGAAAAAUACUACUACAUUCUUUUUAAAAAUUUGAUAGGUAAAUAUCAAUAGCCAACUACAUUUUGUAAAAAUCAUUCAAGCAAAGUCUUUGUAUGUAAGCACUUGUCAUGGUGUUCUGUGUGCCAGAAGUUUAGAAGACGUUUAGUCAUGCUGGCCACAUAACCCAGAAAAGCUGUCUGUGUACAAACCCCAGCUCCCUCGGCCUGAAAGCAGAGAUGUGCAUUACAUGCUAUUAGGGCUGUGCGGUAUCUGGUUUUCAAUAUCACGAUAUAUCGCCAACUAAACAUCACAAUAUCUCGAUAUAUCAUGAUAUAUAUCUGCGGCAGCGGAGGGCCUUGCUGGGCGGAGGAGGGCCUCACCAUGCCUAUUCAUGGCAGUGGAGGGCCUCACCACACCUCCCUGUGGAAGCGGAGGACUUUGCAGGCAUCCCCGGGGUGGAGGAGGGCCUCACUGGGCAUCCCCACAGUAGUUGAGGGCCACCAUCGCGCCUUUCUGAGAUGGCAGAGGGUGCACUACGCUUCCCUGGGGUAGCGGAAAGCUUUGCUGCACCUCCCCAUGGCAGCUGAGGGCUUUACAGCGUAAGGAGGUGUGAGAUUUCCUAAAAAUAUUAAUAAACUUCCAUAUAAUAUUUUCAAUAUUUUUUCAGCCAAUUUAAGAAUAGUUCAACUGAUUUACAAGGCAAGUUGCAUCUACUUCCCCACUCGGAGGUCUAAGCGGAAUCUAUGCAUGCAUAAGCCCCACUGAGUUCAUCUAAACUUCUACUUUCCUGGUAGUAAGCCUCAUUGAAUCCAGUAGAGCUUGCUUGUGAGUAGACAUGCAUUUGCUUGCACUGCUUACCAGCAAACACCCUCCAUACCAUUCUCACACAGUACCCAACUUCUCAUUUCAGCAGAAGGCAACCAGUUAAAUCUUCUCCCCUCCAUUUCCCCCAACACAGAAGCCCCCUCCCCCCAAAAAACUCCAUCCCACCAAUCUCUCCUUUUUUAUUAAAGGGAGGGAGGGCAGGCAAGCAAAGACUUUGUCUCCUAUAAACAAACAAACAACUUUCCUUUUGUGUCCACCACUGCGUGCAGAGCCAUGCUAUAGAAAAUGUAAUUGUAGUAAUCUGGUCCAUGUGCUUCCGAAAGAUUUAAUGAAAAUGACCUAAAUAAGGGAACUUUUUGCUCUUCCUACUGAUUAAUGAUAGUCCUCUGACUCUUGUUAGAGAUGCAGUUUUCUCCAUAGCAUAAGUAUUUUAACGGUCUCCCCUGGUAUUAACAGUAAAUAUCUUAAUAUUAAGUGUAAAAAUUCAAGUGUUUGACUGGGUAACAGUUAUUUUAACGAUUUUAGCUUUUUUACAUUCCAGUUUUAGGUAACUUUUCAACCAUAGUUUUCACUAGUAUCUUUCUUUCUUUAACUUACACAUAGUUGCAAUGAAAAAACCCAAACCUUUUGAAAAGUGGCUUUCCUCCAAUCCUUUGGGUUGUCUUUCCUCCUCCACCCCAUUUACUCCUCUGCAAGUUUACCAGGGAGAUUAGAUCUUGAGGAUCUUACUAGAUACACUUACUAAAUAGGCUGUAGUGGAAGCAGGGGUGGAUGAAGGACCUGAUAGUUGUCUUGUAAGUUCUGGUGUCCCAGGUAACGCAUAUGCUGCUACAUUUGUGGUUGUGCAACUGGCUUGACAUGCAUUGCUUCACCUGUUUUCUCCAGAAACUCAGUGACAUUGGCCUCUUAAAGGCAACAUUAGAUUCUUUCAUAGCUGAUGUGGCUUCAGUCAUGAACUUGCAAUGCGCCCCAAUUCUAGAAGUAGAAGCAACUUGACUACAUAGCAACCUGAAGACCCUAAUGUUGCCACUCUGAUUCCCUAUUUUAUCUAGCUCAUAUAUGUGUUCCGCCAUCCUCCUCCCAAUAUGCGUUUGGCCUUAACUAUGUCCCUUGGAGGCUGCACACAAUGUCUUUUCCUUGUAUUCCUAAGUCAAGCAGCUCUCUGCAUUAGUCACAGGUAGCUCCUACUCAGCUGGUUGCUCAAUGACAGCAUGGUUCUCAGUUUGCUCUUUUUCUUGUGUGUGCGCUUGUGGCUCAUCUGAGCAGCUAAUUCCACCACAGAAAAUAGUAAUUGGUUAGUGAUAUGAUUUUAACUUGUAGUUAAGCUUUUAUAUUGAUCUCUCUGACACUCAGCAAUUAGCACAAUGAAUAUAACUUGAGAAUAUGGCCUUGUGUGAGAUCUCUAAAAUGGGUUUGCACCAAAUCUAGAACGCUUCCUCACUGAAAACCAGAGAAGGUUGAUUUCUGUACUGGCAAGCAGUGUUAGAAAUCCCUCCAGUCGACAACGGCAUUUUGUGACUGACGCAUGUCCAAUUGUCACCCUAUGGAGAUCUCUGGAUCCCUGGUUGGCGACUGACAUCUCCAUCUGGCUGGCCUGUCCAACUUUCUUAAGUAGGAGAGCUUAUUUAUUGCAUGUAUGUCCCAUAUUUUCUUCAAGGAAUACAUGGUUCACCCCCCUCAUCAGUUAAUACCUACAACGACCCUGUGAGGUAGGUUAAGAGACUGUGACUGGCCCAGGGUCACCCAGUGAGCUUCAUAACUGAGUGGAGAUUUGAACCCUGAUUUCCCAGGUCCUAGUUCAACAAUCUAACCACUACAUCCCAAAUGCUUCCUAGAGUACUUCUGUUGUGGGGCAGCUCUAUAAAUUAAGUAGGUAAAUAAAUAAAUAUGGGGAAAUCAAAAUGUUACUUAGAGAAGGAUCUGAAAUUGCUCUCUCCUUCAAGUUUCUGUUCAUUUUUUAAAAAAUUAAUAUUUAUUGCUUUUCCAACGAUUUAAACACUACAAAAACAAAACAAUACAAUACAAUACAAUACAAAAACACUACAUAACAUUGACACAUUAAACACAUUAAACUAACAAAACAAAACAAAAACAGUUUAAAGUAAAUCAAACAAUUUCAAUAUCUUAUCUUUCAUUCACUUAUUUCCACGACCUCCUCACGCCUCCCUUUUUGUAUUCCACUUCUGUUAAUUGUUUCAGCAAUUCCUUUCCAUCUUCCUCUGUUUUCUAUCCUAUAAUUGUCUUAACACAUUCUAACCUUAUUUUUCCUUUAAUACUCUAUUAAUCUAUUUAUACUUAUUUCCUUAUAACAUUUCUACUAAAGCCAUAUAAUUUCAUUCCAACAUUUUUCUAACAUUCAUUAAUUUUACAAUAUUUCUGUAGAUAGUCUUUAAACUUUUUCCAAUCUUCCACCAAUUCUUCUCCCUGGUCUCGGAUUCUGCCAGUCAUUUCUGCCAUUUCCAUAUAGUCCAUCAACUUCAUCUGCCAUUCUUCUUGGGUGGGUAAAUCUUGUGUCUUCCAAUACUUCGCGAUGAGUAUUCUUGCUGCUGUUGUUGCAUACAUAAAAAAAGUUCUAUCCUUCUUUGGCACCAAUUGGCCGACCAUGCCCAGGAGAAAGGCCUCUGGUUUCUUCAGGAAGGUAUAUUUAAAUACCUUUUUCAUUUCAUUAUAAAUCAUCUCCCAGUAUGUCUUAAUCCUUGGGCAUGUCCACCAAAGGUGAAAGAAUGUACCUUCAGUCUCAUUACAUUUCCAACAUUUAUUGUCGGGCAAAUGGUAAAUUUUUGCAAGCUUGACUGGUGUCAUGUACCACCUAUAAAUCAUUUUCAUUAAAUUUUCUCUUAAGGCAUUACAUGCCGUAAAUUUCACACCUGUGGUCCAUAACUGUUCCCAGUCAGCCAUCAUUAUAUUAUGUCCAACAUCUUGUGCCCAUUUAAUCAUAGCUGAUUUCACCGUUUCAUCCUGAGUGUUCCAUUUCAACAGCAAGUUAUACAUUCUUGACAAAUUCUUGAUUUUUGGAUCUUACAGUUCUGUUUCCAAUUUUGAUUUUUCCACCUGGAAACCACAAGUUUCUGUUCAAUGCUUGGUAGUGGAAAAAAAUCGGGAUGUUCCUUUUGGGUGUUAACCAAGAGAGCAGGCACAGUUUGCAUUGAAACCACUCCUAACAACUACUAAACUAAGGUGGAAGCUUCUUUCUCCUGUGAAAAUGCUGAUUGUAGUUCUCAUUCACACACUCUGAAAAAUCUUUAAGAGCUACGUGGAGCAUAAUCAGUUUGUGUCUGGCCUUAAAAUCUUACUUUUCAAAUGAUGGACUAACUGUGAUUUCUUCUUUAAGUUCUCAAAGCUCUUAACCUAGCUCAAGGUUGUCAUCUGAACUAGCCAGAUGUUUAACUGAUAAUCACAGUCAGUCAGUCAUUUGAAAAAUAAGACCUUAGAGCCAUCUUGUCCCAAAAUGGCAACUAGACAUUUCAUUUUGGCAACUGUAACCCUGGUUUAAGGAGCCAUUUGGCACUUAGCUUAUAUAUCUGAGUUUCUAACACAGAUCUGGAGGUGCACCAAAUGGCUCCUUAAACCGGGGUUACACUUGCCAGAACAGAAUGCCUAGUUGCCAUUUUUCUGCCAGUCAGUCGGACUUUUUGGUUCCUGGUAUCUGGAACACAAACACAAAGAAGGAAGGAAGUGGGCAAACUCUUAAUUGUUUGUAUAUCUGAAUCUGUGGUGUGUAUAGUGAGCUUUGGGCAUAAUUCUUUAUGUUUUGGUAAAUGAUUUUUCACAUAAGAAGUGAGUGGAUAGUUGGGACCUGUGCAUAGGUGCCUGCAACCAGUUAUUGAACAGGAAACUCUGAUACAAUGCCUUUCUACUUAUGGACAAAGCUGCCAGCUUUGAGUGCAUGGUUUUCAGGACCACAUUUAGCUAGAAUUGCAAUGUUGCCUAGUGCAAGAGCUUAUUUUUCCAAUAUUGUGUAAAGAAAUGUGUAUCAAUACAUUAGGUUAGGCUAUUAAGUACCCUGUGAUACGGAGCGAGGAUAAAAUUAGAUGAAAUUACUCCUUUUCUCAUUCUAAGAGUGCAGUCUAGGUAAGUUAGCCCUGUUUUUGCUGGAGUGGAAUUUAUUUGUUCAUAAAUAUGUGGUUUGGGCUGUAGAACUUUAAUCCUACUUGUACAAAUAAUUGUUAAUUGCACUACUUGCUUAGUUUAUGAGAAUGUAACUUAGAAGCAAUUAUUAUUAAAUUUAUUUUAGAAUGUUUUAAGUAAAUACGCUUUGCACUGGGCUGAAACCUACUUGGCAAGAUUGUUGUAAAUGUGCAUUUACAUAGGAGCCAGUUCCAGGGGACCGUGGGUGCUUGGGCACCCACAGUGUCAGUGGAAAGAGCCAGCAGGCAGCAGUUCAGCUCCUCCCUCCACAGCCAGAGAGUGAGGCACCCCCUUUCUGCAGGGGUGAGGCUCAGAUGCAGUGUUUCUCUGCCUCUGUGUACGAGCCCCUCCCCAUGUAAAAGGAUGACUUGCUAGCUGCAGAUAGUAGGAGGAGGAAGAGACAUCACUGCCGGCUGCCACAGUGCAGCCAUGACAUAUGCACACGCCUGCACAUAGUACAUUUGAUAUCAUGCACUAUGUGCAGGUGUGUGCAUGUGACAUCACAUGUCCAUGUUGUGGUGGUGGGAACCCACAACCCUGAGGGCAAGAUGGCACCCGUGUGUAUUUACUGUAGUCCAUUAUGAGUCCUUGAGAUAGGGUAGAAAUAAUUGGGAAAUAUUAGUUAUCUCACCAGUGUAAGUAAGCAAACAGUAUAUUUGUUAGAGAACAAAUGUUGGUACAGAUGCUACUAACUAGGUUUUGGUAUUCUCAAGAUCAGCGGUGAGGAGCCUCUGGACUGUGGGCCUAAUUAGGUCCUUCCAUUUCGUUCAGGAGGCUGUUUUGACCACGCCGUGUCCACCUGGCCUACACCUGAUGUCACAGAUGACCUGACUUUAAAUGACCUGAGGCUUCUUCUAGUAGAGACCAAAAUAUAUGUUUAUUUCUUGCCCCCUACUCACCUGAAGAAAUCUUUAGAAGCCAUUUAUCAAACAUUUUAGACCAAGAUCUUCUAGGCUGGCACCGCCUCAAAAUAUUUUAACACCCAUUAAUUACCAGGAAGAUAGGAAAUGUGUUCUUUAUGCUAGUUUUCAAGCCCUGCUUGAACAUAAGAGGCUAUGCUUUUUACUUCAGCACCCCACAUCUGUGCUCAGGAACUUUCCUGCAGACUUCUUCCCCUGCUUUUCCUUCUCCCUUUUCCUGCCAGAAAAGGGACGUUCAACUUCAACACACUGAACCUCGACAGGUAUUAUGUCUCCUUUCUCUAGCCAACUACUGCAAAAAUGAAUCUUUGACUUUCAGCCAUUAACCCAAAGUCUGUCACCUGCUUUUUCCCAUUUUUUGCCUAAAAACUUUUCCAAAGCUCCACUGCCUAAACCUUCCUUAUUCCUCCGGCAGCUGCCUCUUCUCUCCCUACUGCUAAACUCUCCUGGUACCAGCUUCAUUCCCUCAGUCAAUUUCCCCUCUUUCUAGUGUACCCUUUGUAUUUUCAGGCAUGCUUUAGGAACAAGACUUCUAAACUAAGCCCUUUGUUAGUGUGCUGCCCAUUGAUUUUGUUCAAUAUAUUUAGUAAAUAUGCUAAUUUCCCUUAGAGACAGCAUGUUAAUUCCCUUUUUGAUGGAUUAAAAUGACUUGUGUGUUAUUUAUGUGUUAACUCUUGGGUCUGGAGCGCAUCCAGGUCUCAACAUAAAAAGAACAACAAGGGGGUGUCCAGAUUGCGUGUGAGAUGUUUUUAUUGCUUUGAUAUAUUUUUUAUGAUAUAGAGGCAUACAACUAUUUUUAUAAAUAAAUGAACCUGUUCACUUCAUCGCAGGGAGCUAUGCAUCACAGAGAGUUAUUCAAACUCCAGCGAUCCUCUGCCUGGGCAAACAUGGAUCACUUUCUGUUAUUGUGACAUCAGGAGAUCAUUGUGUGGGAGAUAAUGAUCUGGCCCACCCACCAAGUCUAAUUCCCCACCCUUGUGCCAGAUAGAUGUAAAAUAAAAUACUAAAAGCUGCUUUAUACAGUUUACCACUAGCCCUGACUUCCUCUGCUUAUGUCUUCUUUCUAUAAGGAAACCAUUUACUAAAAGAAUAUAUAUAUAUAUAUUUACCACAAAAUUUAUACAGAUUUUGUGGACAUAAAAAGGAAAAGUUAUUUUCUUACUCUUGUGAAGCCAUGUAAGUAAGAUGGCAUUACUUAUUCUCUUCCUCCAUUAGAUCUACUGCCAUAUAACUUUCACAGGCUUGUAGGAGAUGGAGUCAAAGGCAAAUCUGUGGGGAUCACAAGAAAAGUGGAUUCCUCUGUGAAACGCUGCACAAUUCAGCCCCAGUCCCCUCAGGCUAGCAGUCACCAUGCGCCCUGCAGCUGUCCUUUUUCCUUUGCUGUUGAGAGAUGGAAACGGGGAAAGGACAGCUGUAGAGCACAUGGCUGAGCACUUAGGCAGCUGUUGGCCUCUGAAGGACAUGGAGAUCAUGCCUUUUAGCCUUAACCUAAAUGGACCAAUUGACUAGCAGGUGCCUUAGUACCAGACCAUGUACUUUGCAGCUGUCCUUUCCCCACACUCCUGUUGAGAGAUGAUAGGGAAAGCUGCUAGUGUAGCACGGCACUUGAGCAACUACUAGGCUCCGUGUCUCUCUCCAGGCUAGAAUCACUUGGGCAGGGGGGCCAGGGACAGUGGUCGGAUAGCGAAGCAUCCUGCCAUGACCCUUAGCUGGUAGGCCCAGCAGGGCAUCCCAAGCUGUUGCUAGCAUCUGUAUUCUCCCUUUCUGUUCUUUUUCUAGAGGAUCAGAGGAAGAAAUUGUGGUUCUUUUCAGAGAACAGUAGUUUAAAGGCUAGAAGAAAGAAGGAGAGAGUUCCUGUGUGUACUCUGCACACCGGAGCCCUUUUAAGAAGACUUCUGCAUUCUAGAGUUGAGGCUCAGGGAUUUUUCUUUGCCACUGCAGGAAAGUUUGUGGAUUCAUGUGGCAUCUGGGGGCAAAUAUGUGCCAUAGAACCUCAAAUAAACUUUUAGUCUGUUCUGUGGGUGAGUGGGAAAAUUGAAAUAAUUAAAUAUAGUUUAUUGGUGUGACUUUUCUAAAAGAUUUUGAAUUAGACAAUUUUCUAUAUAAUAUCUGACUUAACUGUUUCAAUGUCUGUCUGACUAGAUUACUUGAUGUAUAUAAAAUUCUUUACUCCCUACAAAAGUUUUGUUAUUCGACCUUCAUUCCAGCUAAAGAUUUCAUUGCUAGUACAUGAGCCGACAAUUUCCUGUUUUGUUGACCAAAGCCAAAAACCUUUGUCUCAAGAAAGCCAAAGGUGAGACUUCUUCACCAAUCUCAAGCACCUUUAAUUGCCCUUGUAGUAUUUUUAAUGCCUUCCAUUCUUUCUCCUUAACAAAUUCCUUGCAUUUUUCAUUUUUUAUAUAAUGUUGCCUCUCUUUUUAUUUGUUUUCUGGCUUCUAAAGUCUGAAGCAGAUACAACCCUGCAUGGAAACAUUUAAAGGUUUCUCAUAUUGUGCUCCUGAAAUGAUAUUAAUUUGAAAAAACAGAACAAUCUCCUGAUUAAAUCUAUCUACUGUAUUUGUGUCUCCUAGAAGUGACUGUUUUUAUAUCCAUAUCGUAUCAACUUGUUCUGUUACUCUCAUCUUACUGUAUAAUGGAGCAAGAGCUGAUCAUAGAAUCACAGAAUCAUAGAAUUGUAGAGCUGUAAAAGGUGAAAGAUUUGUACAAUCUGAGGAGAAGCCUUCAUCUGUGAUGAUGAAAAAUGAAAAUUUUUGAAGGAAAUAAAAAUAGAUAUAAAAUUAAGAAAUGUAAUAAAGUACCUAGGAAUAAAUAUAACAAGAAAUUUAGAACAAGAGAAUUUUAACAAAUUAAAUAGGGAAAUUAAAGAAAAGCUUGAGGAAUAUAAGAAAAUUAAGCUUUCAUGGUUUGGAAGCAUAGUGAUAAAAAAAAUCUAGACAAAAUUUUCCUUUUAAUUAUUUGGAAUGUUGCCAGUUAAGAUAUCAGAGACAGAGACAAAGUGUUGGCAAAGUAUGAUUAAUUAAUUUUGUAAUGGGGAUAAGGAGACAGCAGGGCAGAUAAAUAGUCAAAGCUGGGGAGAAACACACUUUGAAAAUGUUGUCUAUAAGGAUAAAAGAAAAUUAUUAUAAAUUAAUUUGGAGAUGUUAUUUAACACCAGUCAGAUUAAAUCAAAUAAACAAGGAAUAUUCAGUGUUAUGUUAGAGGGGAUGCCAGGACUUAUGUUCACAUGUGGUGGGGGUGCAAAUAUGUACAAUUUUUUGGCAAAGGGUGUUUAAGGACAUAACAGAAAUCACUGGGUUAAAGCUGACUGAAAGUCCCAAGGUAGCAUUAUUAUCAGUUUACGAUGGGGUGGAAGGUACAAAUUUAUUGACAGCUGCACAAGUUAUUAUUGCUAGGACGUGGAAGGGGCAAGGUGAUGAUAAAAUGGAAGAAUAGUAUAAAGAGGUUUGGGAUAUAGGUAUUAAUGAUAAAUUAACAUGCACUAUUAAGGUAAGAUGGGGAAUAUGCAGGAGAAAUGAUUUUGAGGAGCUGUGGAAGGUAUUUGUAGAAUUUGUACUGUUAAAAUGCAAUGGGGUCAAACCAUUGCAAGAGGUGUUGAAAUUUUGGGAGGUUGGGUAGUUACAAUGGAUGGUCUCGGGGGUGGGGUGCACAUUUUUAUUGUUAUUUAUUUAUUAUUAUUACCUUGUCAAAAUAUAAAACAAAAUUAUAUAUAAAAAAGAAUUGUAGAGUUGGAAGGGACCCUGCAGAUUACGGUAUCUAUUCAGCCCCCUGCAGUGCAGGAAUAGGCAGCUGUCCUGUAUGGGGAUAGAACCUGCGACCUUGGUAUGAUCAGCACCAUGCUUUAAUCAACUGAGCCAUCGAAAUGUGUGAUAUAUUUCUUAUUUUAAUAUUGUAGUCUGUUGCCUUAAGUACUACAGGUGUUGCAAGGAACAAACCAGUCCUUUGAAUUCAUUGUACUGCAGAAUUCUCCACGUAAAUAUUUUAUUAUUGCCCACUUAUGACUGCCCAAGUAUUUCCAGAAGCAAGUUAAUAAUAAAAAUUUUAACAAAACUGAAUAGCAGGAAAAACCAUAAUUACCAAAACAGAUAUGCUAAUUUAAUAUUGUAUGGCAAGCUUGGCUCUUGUGGGAUUGGAAUCCAGUAAAAGGGAAGGUUAAAAAUGAAUUACAAAAUCACUCAAAGUUUGUUGUUGUUGUUUAGUCGUGUCCAACUCUUCGUGACCCCAUGGACCAGAGCACGCCAGGCUCAAAGUUUACCACUCAAAGACUCAAAGUUUACCACUCCUUUUUUAGAGCAGGAAAGUAGUGCUCAGAGGUUGACUAAGUUUUACAGGUGGAUCACAUGUCAAAAUAUUUAAUUGCCCCUGAGCAAAGAAUUGCUUUUAUCAAGCUCAAAGGAAGAUUUGCCUAGAGCAAGGGAAAGGGAGACAAGGUUCCCCUUUCUCAGCUGAAAGUGCUCCCCAAAACUUUCUCUUUUUAGUUUUCAAGCCUAUAAUGUUCACUUCAGUUCAGUUCCUUUUUAUAACAAGCCUUUGUUUUUUUCAUAAGUGUACAUUUCUGUUCCCUUUAUAAUUCAUGUAUUUUGCUUAAAUUGUGAUUUUUUUCUUCAUAUGCAUCACAGCCUCUUUUUUUCUCUUAUUUAUAGGUCCUGCUGGGGAUUUACAUCUGGCGUCAAUGUGAAAUUAAGGUAG